AUGGUGGUGAUGUGGGAAAUCAUGCCCAUGGUCUUCAUCCCACCAUAUUGUAAAAUAGGGGGAGAAGGAGAAAAGUGUGAUUCAAGAGGAAGGAGGAAUAUGAGGGGAGGGGAGGAGGGGCAGAUCACCUCCUCCCCUGCCGCCGCCACCACCCCACCUAAAGAUAUGGUGUUGAAGGGGUGGGGAGUUUAA